CGAAAAUGAAAAGCAUUUUCAUGCUCGGAGCGUAGAAAGGAAAAUUAUAGAAAUUUUCUCGUCAGUACCAAACGACCUAUCUCCGUAAAAACUUGGUCCUUUUUCGAUUUUUCGCAUAUUUUUUCAGUGAUAUAUAAAGCAAAAAAAAAAAUCCAAUUUAACACAUAGUUUUACUUUUAAACGAAAAUUGUGAUAAUAUUAAAUUAAAAUAAUUAUAAUUCAACUUUAAAGCUUUUUUUUUCUCUCGUCAACUUUUUUAAUUUUUCCAAUUUCUUUUUGGUUUGUGGCGAAAAAAAAGUUCAAAGGAGCAGAAGUAAAAAAAAUUAUUAGUGCAUUAAGAGGCAUAUGAAAAAGAAAUGUGAAGUGACUCGUGAAGAAUUAUAAUGAAUGAAAAUAUUUUUUUUUAUGCUGUACAUAAUAUAUGAAAAUUUGUAAAGUGUGUUUUAUGUUAUGCUUCAAAAAAAUGCUUCAUAAGAAAGCUCUCAUCGGUUAUCCAUGAUGAACAUGAAAGAGAAAUUGAGGAAAAUCGUAGUUGUUGUGAAGAUGAUGAUGAAGUGAUUUACAUUUGUAGUAAACACACAUAUGUACAUGCUGCAAAAUAUUAUUUUUCUCUAUAUUCAAUUAUAUGACAACUUUAAUCAAUUAACUGAACCCCCUCUCCUUCAUCGAUAAUAAUGAGUCAAGCAACAACUCCCUCAACGGAAGGACAAGGAAAGCUCGAAACAAUCCCGGUUGUGGAAUAUACGGAGAAAUCUCAAGAAAAACAAGAAUCUCGUCAUGUACAACUCGUUCGAGAAUAUGGCUUUCAUCCAAGAUCGAAAGUGCAAGUUGUGGAUGGUAGCUUAUUGCCUCGAAAAUUCGAACCAUUUCCGAGCCAUAUGUAUGGAAAACCCCUUGAAGAAAUCGAUCAAUUUAUAUACGAGGAAACAUUUUGUGUAGUAUCAAAACGAUUUCAAAAGAAUUAUAUUCACCGAUUUACUGGAACCAAAAGUUUAUUUUUAUUUCCACCAUGGAAUACAUUAAGGAGGAUAUGCGUUUUUAUAGCGACAAAUCAGUUUUUCGACUAUCUUGUUAUGGCCACUAUUUUAUGUAAUUGCGUUUUUCUUGCUAUGAGCGAAACAAUAGAAGAAGCCGAAUUUUUCUUCUUGGCAAUCUAUACAAUAGAAAUGUGCAUUAAAAUAGUUGCUAAAGGCUUCGUACUGAAUAAGUAUACAUAUUUAAGAAAUCCAUGGAACUGGCUGGAUUUCCUUGUAAUAGCCAGCGGAUAUGCCACAAUAGGAAUAGACAUUGGAAAUCUCGCUGGUCUACGAACGUUUCGUGUUUUGAGAGCUUUGAAAACUGUUUCAAUAAUGCCUGGCCUAAAAACUAUCAUCAAUGCACUUUUACAUUCAUUUAAACAAUUGGCGGAAGUCAUGACACUCACAAUAUUUUGUUUAAUGGUCUUCGCUCUGUUUGCUCUACAGGUCUAUAUGGGAGAAUUGCGAAAUAAAUGCGUAUUAAAUCAUCCAAGUUGGUGGACGAAUGUAACAUACGAAGAUUGGUAUGAGUGGAUAAGCAAUUCAUCAAAUUGGAUUUAUAGAGAUGACAUGCCAUUGCUAUGUGGCAAUUUAACAGGAGCACAGCACUGUAAAGGAGAUUAUACGUGUUUGCGCGUCGGCGAGAAUCCAAAUCAUGGCUAUACAAGUUUCGAUAACUUUAUGUGGAGCAUGUUAACAACAUUUCAAUUGAUAACAUUAGAUUAUUGGGAGAAUACGUAUAACAUGAUUAUAGCAACAUGCGGUCCAAUGAGUGUUACUUUUUUUACCAUCGUCGUCUUUUUCGGUUCAUUUUAUUUAAUUAAUUUAAUGUUAGCUGUUGUGGCGUUAAGUUACGAAGAAGAAGCUGAGAUAACGAAUGAAGAAAGACGAAAGGAUUUAAUUGAUCAUCGCGAUGACUCGACAUUCAGCUUUGAUCCAACGCAUUUGAAUUUAAAGCAGCUGAAUAAGACAGCGAGUAAAAAGUUUGAUACGCGUAAGAAUAUAUUAAUGGCAUCGUAUUCGAGGAAGAAGAUACGACGAAGGAAGAAAGGAAAAGAGGGAAAGGCACAAAAUAAUAAUAAAUCAAUUUCAAGUGGCAACAAUAAUAACAAUAGUAAUAGUGAAAAUGUAGAUGAUAAUAAAUCGAUUGAUACAAAUAAAUCUCCAACACCCAGUCCCAAUCCUAGUCCGAGACAUAGUAGUACGACCGAAAUAACGACUGUCGUGCGGCCUCCGCAAACAUUAGCGUUGCAAAAAACGCGAGGAUUGUUACAACAAGCUCAGCUCAAUCAACUCCAACAGCAACAACAAGCGACUGAUGACAAUGAAAACUCAAAUACCCUUCAUCCUCUACGUGGUCAAUUGCUUUCGAGUCGUCAGACAAGUUCAAAUCGGGAUUCAUCGUUGGAUGAUUCUGGCGUGGUUGAUGAUCACGAAGAUGUUCAGGAACCAGAGCCAGAACCAGAAAAUCAACAGAUCCAAAGUAGUAAUAUGGAGGUAACUUUGGCACUAUCACCAAAAGAAGUAAAGAUAAUAAAAUGCAACGGUAAUAAUUUAAAUCGUAAUAAGAAAAAGCACGAUGUUUAUGCAUUACAUCCUGAUUAUUUGUCGCAAUCAAUAGUUGUCAUAGAUGAUCUCCCUGACGAUCGAAACUGUGAAUGUUGUGUUCAUUGUUGUUUUAAAUAUGAAACCUGGCUAUCAUUUCAAAAUAGUUUAUAUGAAGUCGUUAAAGAUCCAUUAUUUGAAUUGUUUAUUACCUUAUGUAUUGUUUUAAAUACUACUUUCCUCGCACUCGAACAUCAUGGCAUGAGCGAGACCGUUAGAUCUGUGUUAGAUAUAGGAAAUAAGGUUUUCACACUCGUCUUCACGCUCGAAUGCUUUAUGAAAGUCAUCGCACUUUCCAAGGAAUUUUUUCUGUGUGGCUGGAAUAUUUUUGAUUUAUGUAUCGUAACUGCGAGUAUUAUGGAUCUUAUUUUCGAACUAGUCGAUGGUUUAAGCGUAUUACGAGGUCUUAGAUUGUUAAGAGUUUUAAAAUUAGCACAAUCAUGGGUUACAAUGAGAGUUCUUCUUAGUAUUAUUCUAUCAACAAUUGGUGCUUUAGGAAACUUGACAUUCAUUUUGGUGAUUGUCAUUUAUAUUUUUGCCGUCAUAGGCAUGCAGCUAUUUGGCAAGGAUUAUACCCGAGAGAAAUUCUAUCCUGACCCCGUGCCGCGUUGGAAUUUUAAUGACUUUUUUCAUUCAUUCAUGAUGAUUUUUCGAAUUUUAUGUGGCGAAUGGAUUGAGCCAUUAUGGGAUUGCAUGAGAGCAGAAGAGGCUAGCGGCUCGAAAAGUUCAUGCUUUGCAAUAUUUCUGCCGGCAUUAGUGAUGGGAAACUUUAUGGUAUUGAAUUUGUUCUUGGCUCUUUUGCUCAAUAGUUUCAAUUCGGAAGAGCUAAAAUCACGUAAAGAAGAAGUUGGCGAUGAAGGCAGAUUAGCAAAAAGCUUCGAGCGUAUAAGAUCAAUAGUACGUCGUGGAAAGUUACGUAGGCAGGCUACUAAUGAUCCAGGGGAGACGAAACUUGAGAAAUUAGUUCAUGAGAUAAUUUUAAAGCAAAAGACGAUGCCUGAAGUGAAGGGAAUUCUUGCGGAUCCAAUGAGGAUGCAAAUUAAGGAAUAUUGCUGUGUCUCACCGCCAUACCAAUUGCAACCACAACCCCUACCAAUAUAUUCGAAAAGUUAUCAGGAAUCACUUAAUCGGCCUGUUUCAGCGUGCGAUAUGCAGGAAGUAAAUUUAAAUAUUGUAAAUACUAUAUCGGGUAGUCAAGAGACAGUAACGGAAAUGGAUGAUCAACAAUUGCCAGAUGAUAAGAUGAUGAGAGUGAGAAAUAGUAACAAAAAUGGGAUACUUCAUCAAAUGUCUUCCGGUUUUGGCACUCAGCAGAGUAAGGAUGAGCCAUUUGAGCAACAAUCGCAACCAUAUGAAGCUGUUGAGUUAAGGGGAGCGCUUGGUUCAACAACAACAAUAAUAAAAACGAAAGGGAUACCUCAACAAAUAAUACAACAAAAGAGACAAUCGUGUCCAAUGCCAAGACAACCACAAAAUAUGAAUAAUUAUUCACAAGCGCAAAAUGCAAUCGAUACAAAUAGCAAUAGUAGUAGCUGUACAUUUAGUGAACAAAUUAGUAAACAACUAAAGCGAUUAUCUAGCAAUCAAUCUAUUAAUACAUUAUCUUUAGACCAAGAUGAAUUCUUAAAUCACAUGAAUCACGUAAAUUUAAAAGAUGAACUUUUGAACUGCGAUAAAAAAGAGCUUUUUCAAUUUUUGAGAGAUGAGAAAUUAUUUGAUAGUUUUUACAAUGAACCGGUAUCUUCUGUUCCAGAGCCAAAUAAUGACACAAAUAAUAUUAUUAAUAACAAUAACAGGAAGUCUGUACAUAUACAAGAUGAUGUUGAGAUGCUUAAGAGUCCCAUUCGGCAACUUCAUGAUUGCGAGAAACUUCCAUCAGUCACGAAAAUGUCGGAGAUUAAUCAAGCGACUGGAAAGCCAUGGCAUUGUCUCGUAUCAUAUGUUGAUGAUAUAACAGUUGGUGGUCGACGGAACUCACAAGGGGAAUACAAUGAUCCGAUGAAUUUUCCCGGUUUUGGACGUAAUAAAUCGAAUAAAGUUCCAAAUGAUUGCUUUCCACGAGCGUGCUACGAUAAAUGUCCAUGCUGGGACGAGUGGAUUAAAUCGAAAAUUGGACAAAAGUGGCAAAAUAUAAGGACACAAGUUCUUCUCGUCGUUGACACCCCAACAUUUGAGUGGGUCAUUUUAUUUCUCAUUUUUGCUUCAUCAAUUACGCUCUGUUUUGAGGAUAUUCAUCUUGAUAAGAAUAAGGAUUUAAAGCGUGUCCUUUAUUGGACUAAUCUCUUCUUUUGCUGCAUUUUUGUCGCUGAGAUGCUGUUAAAAUGGCUUGCUAAUGGAUUUACUAAAUAUUUCUCGAGUUUUUGGACAAUCUUGGACUUUAUCAUCGUUUUUGUUUCUGUAUUCUCAUUGCUCAUCGAAGAGAAUGAAAAUUUAAAAGUAUUAAGAUCUUUACGAACUUUAAGGGCUCUCCGACCACUCCGGGCGAUAUCACGAUGGCAAGGCAUGAGAAUUGUCGUAAACGCUCUAAUGUAUGCCAUACCAUCCAUCUUUAAUGUCCUACUUGUUUGUUUAGUCUUUUGGCUAAUCUUUUCAAUUAUGGGUGUUCAAUUUUUCGGUGGUAAAUUCUUUAAAUGCAUCGAUGAGGAAGGCGAGGUUCUACCAAUAUCUGUGGUUAAUGAUAGAUGGCAAUGCAUAAGCUUAAAUUAUACUUGGAUUAAUUCUAAAAUUACAUUCGAUCAUGUCGGUAUGGGAUAUUUGGCACUGUUUCAAAUAGCAACAUUCGAAGGAUGGAUGGAAGUAAUGGCAGAUGCUGUCGAUAGUCGUGGUGUUGAUCUUCAACCAUCGAGAGAAGCCAGUCUUUAUGCAUACAUUUAUUUCGUUAUCUUCAUCAUUUGUGGCUCAUUUUUUACCCUUAACCUUUUCAUAGGAGUUAUCAUUGAUAAUUUUAAUAUGCUAAAGAAAAAGUACGAAGGAGGCAUCUUAGAAAUGUUUCUGACACCAUCACAAAAGAGCUAUUAUUGUGCGAUGAAGAAGCUUGGAAGAAAGAAACCCCAAAAAGUUAUCAAAAGGCCUUUAAAUCAUAUUAUGGCUAUGUUUUAUGAUCUAGCCAAUUCUCGGAGGUUUGAAAUUGCCAUAUUCGUUCUAAUUUUCCUAAAUAUGCUGAGCAUGGGAAUAGAACAUUACAAUCAACCGCAUGCCAUUUUCUUCAUACUAGAAGUAAGCAAUGCAUUCUUCACAACGGUUUUUGGAUUGGAAUGUAUUGUUAAAAUUGUCGGGCUUCGUCAUCAUUAUUUUACUGUGCCAUGGAAUAUGUUCGAUUUUCUCCUUGUUCUUGCAUCUAUUUUUGGCAUUUUAAUGGAAGAUAUCAUGAUCGAUUUACCCAUAUCACCUACACUUUUACGCGUUGUUCGUGUAUUUAGGAUCGGAAGAAUAUUGCGAUUAAUAAAAGCAGCAAAAGGCAUUCGAAAGCUUCUUUUUGCUCUUGUUGUAUCACUUCCAGCACUUUUUAACAUUGGCGCAUUACUGGCUCUUCUUCUCUUUGUGUAUGCCAUCCUUGGCAUGUCACUCUUCGGGCAUGUUAAACAACAAGGUGCUCUCAGCGAAAUGGUCAACUUUGAGACAUUCAGUAGUAGCAUGCAGCUUUUAUUUCGAUUGAUGACAUCGGCAGGAUGGAAUGAUGUUUUGGAAUCAUUAAUGAUUCAACCGCCAGAUUGUGACCUUCAUAAGGACGCAACAUCAAAUGGAGAUUGUGGACAUCCGCUUCUUGCCAUUACUUAUUUCACGUCUUUUAUCAUUAUAAGCUAUAUGAUUGUCAUUAACAUGUAUAUCGCCAUCAUUUUGGAGAAUUUCAAUCAAGCACAUCAAGAAGAAGAAGUUGGAAUAGUUGAAGACGAUUUAGAAAUGUUCUAUAUCCGAUGGUCAAAGUAUGAUCCACACGCAUCACAAUUCAUAUCAUUUUCUCAACUAUCAGAUUUUAUUGCAUCUUUAGACCCACCUUUAGGAAUUCCAAAACCUAAUACCUUAGCACUAGUUUCUUUUAAUCUUCCAAUAUCAAAAGGAAAUAAAAUUCAUUGCUUAGACAUUUUGCAUGCACUAGUAAAGUAUGUCCUAGGUCAUGUUGAUGAAAGUGAUACAUUUAAACAAUUACAAGAUCAAAUGGAUGUCAAGUUCAAGAAGCAAUUCCCAACACGUAAAGAAUUAGAAAUUGUCUCGUCGACACGCAUUUGGAAGCGACAAGAGAGAGCAGCAAAAACUAUUCAAGUCGGAUGGAAGGAAUAUUUGAGACUCAAGAGAGAACGGGACAGAUCGCCAAUGUCUGGAGAUGAUGACCAAACGCAAACUUCUAGUCCUGGAUGGCAAAGUAAAUUGUCAGCGCUCAAUUUCCUUCAUUUACAGAUUCAUCGAAGAUGCUCAAGAACUUCAAGCCGUUGUUCAAGUCGUAAAUCUUCCAGAGCGUCUGGCGAUUCGGAUAUGAGUGAAUUAGCAGGUCCGUGGCUGAAUCUGCCAAUGCUCGUAGCCGGAACAAGUGAUCUUGUAAAGAAUAAUGAUCCGGAUGGAAAGAAGGAUCUUGCUGCUCCACCCGAAGGUAGACCACAACGUAGAAAAAGUAUUUAUAAUUUCUUCCUUGGUCGACAAGAUGCUGUUGACGAUCAUAUACAAUCUCCAUCUGUACAUAAAAAAGUGAAUAAGCCAAAUGAGGCAGCAUUGCCUGAUAGUAAAGAAAGUCUUACGUCGCCGCCAACUAAAAGUAAGCGAGCAACGAGUUUCAUUAAGAAAAAGCCGAGACUUGAGAGAGGUCUUUCGGACCAAAGUGUGUUGCGACUUAAUAGAAAUGCUAAUUUAGAUCCUGAAAGUGCAAUGAAUCCAGAUGUCAGUAUUUUAGUUACGGAAGCCUCUCCAGAAGUCCCGAACUGUCCAAAUAUUAAUUCCAAUCAAACGCUCAUUCAUCAUGUUAUAGUGCAUCGUGAAAGUGAAGAAUAUCACGAAUUAGAAGAAGUUGUAACUGACCAGCCAAGACCUUCAAAAGACUCAACAACCCCAGAUAAUACACAAUUACAGCUACAUCAUCCGAUAGUAACGAUUUGUGUUGAUUCACCAAAAGACGAGGAACAAAGAUCGAUUGCUCAAACACCCGAUAUCGAGAGAGUAAUUUUAGAAAGAUCAACUCUUGCCACAGAAAGUUCAAAUGUAGUUAAUGAAUCAGGCACUUGCCAUAAUGUAGAUGAGCCAAUAGAUAUAAAUCUGGCAAGUACUUGCGAUACAUCAAAAGUGAUCUACGAUUACUAAUUAUUAAAGGAACUAUUAAAAGAAAAUUGUUAUAUCUUUUUUAAGUAAGUAAUUUAGUCAAUAAGUUCGUAAUCUCAAAAAAAGAAAAGAAAAGAAAAUCAAUCAAAAUUUUCGUCAGCCAGCACCAAACAAAAAAAAAAUGGAAAAAAAAAAUAAUAAAAAAGUUAACAAAAGAAGUAAAAUGUUGGUUAAUAAUACAUUUAUGACAAACAUUGAGGAACAAAUAUGUGAACUUUUAGGAAAAAGCAAACUCUUAAGUUUUAAAAAAAAAUGUAAAGUUUCACAUUUUUUUUUUCCGGUGCUGCUGUUGCGUUUUUUCCAACCUUCAUUCCAAUUUUUUAAAAAUCUUUUUUCUUUUUCCUAGUUGCUAGAAUUUAAAAAAAAAAACAUUUAACACGAUUAUUUUUAAGCAUGUUUAUUGACUUUUAUGAGAUUUAAAAAGAAAUUAAAAAGAUUUUUUUUGUUUAAAAAUAACAAAAAAAAAACAGUACGUAGUGAUAGAAAAUAAAAUCGAAAUUUGCAUUGGCCUUAAGAAGAAUCUUAACAUUUCAAAAAAAUAUAAAGAAGUAGUUCGUAUCAGAAAAAAAGUAAGGAAAACUAAUAAACUUUUUGUUUUUGAAGUAAAAUUACUAUAUAAAAAAAUCUUCAAAAUUUUAAUAACUCUUAGGGGCAAUUAGUCAAUCAAAUUCAAAAAAAAAAUACAGGUUGUAAUAUUUAAAACCUCGUACUUCCAAAAUGAUAUAAAAUUAGAUAAAGAACAAACAGCGUUGAUUACGAACUAAUCAUGAGAUGAAAGCUUGAGCAGCGCAUAAAUUGAAUGGCAUAGUUAAAUGGUGUUUACGUGACUCUUAAAAAAGUGUAUUUUAUAGUUUUUGAUCCACGUAACUGCCAACCUUUAGAUAUAUUUCAAUUAUGUUAGCUUUAUGGAUGUGAUGAAGCUUAGUAGAUUUAUGAAGUGAUUCAAACACUUGAUGAUGUGAUGAGAGAAUGAUUAUUUGAGAUUUUUAUGUUUUAAAUGCCAAUGUUUUGAUUUUUCUCGAUUUUAAUUGUUUAUAAUUUAUAUUAAUUUAA